AUGCACGCGGCGGCCGCCGCAGCGCCGAGCCAGUUGCCAGCCCGCGCCCGCCCGCCCCCCGCCGCUCCUCGCUCGCGGAGCCCCCGCGAGGGAGGGGCGGCCCCUCCCGUAGCCGCGCCGCUGGGCACCGCCGAGCGGGGCCCCGAGUCCCGCGCCCAGGCCACGGCCCGGCCUCUCCGCACCUGGUGCGGAUCCGCGCCGCCUCCUCACCACGCAGGGCGGCUCCGGCGGGGCUGGCAGCGCAGCGCGGGGCGGACAGCCCGGCAGGCAGCCUCUCCUCCUGCCACCAUCUUCCUCCGGCCGCCGCCCCCGCCGCCAGCACCGCCCGGCACGGCCCCUCCCGCCGCUCCGCGCCGCCCUUCGCGUCAGCGCGUCCGCCGCCGCCCUCCUGGUCCCGCGGCGGUGCGGGGCGGUGCCGCCAUGACGGGCCGCGCCGGUGGGAGGCGAGGAGAUGGCGGCCGCCGGGACGGGCUGCCCUCCGUUCAGCGGGAUGCCCGAACGCCCCCGGAGAGCGGGAAACUUCUGUCUAGACAAAGAAUGGAGAUGUUAAUGAGGCUGAAUGUGUACAAGUCUAUGGGGCCUGAUGACGUACAUCCCAGAGUUCUGAAAAGCUGCCUGAUGCAGAUGCGGGACACUCUUCUUCAUAUUUAAAAAGUCAUGGAUGUAAGGUGAGGUCUCCUGUGACUGGAAAAAGGGAAACAUCACUCCUAUUCUAGGUAAGGGAGAAAGGAAGACCAGGGGAACUACAGGCCAGUGACCCUCACAUCGGUGCCUGAGAAGAUCAUGGAACAUAUCCUUUUGGAAGAGAUGUUAAGGUACUUGAGGGAUGGGCGGGUGAUCUGUGACAGCCAGCAUGGCUUCACCAAGGGCAGACCACCUCAGCAAUCUGCUGGUGGCCUUCUAUGAUGGAGUGAUGGUAUUAGUAGACAAAGAAAGAGCAACUGAUGCCGUCUACCAGGGCUUUGACAUGGCUCCACAUCACAUAAUUAUCUCUAAAUUGGAGAGAUGCAAAUUUGAAGGAUGGAAUAUUUGGUGGAUAAAGAAUUGGUUCAGUGGUCACAAUCAGGGGUUUGUUGUCAAUGGCUCUAUGUCCAUGUGGAGUUUGGUGAUGAGAGGUGUCCCACAGAGGUCCAUCGUGGGACCUGUGC